GUCGCGAAAUUCUCGAGCACGUUGCAGUUUUAACCCGACCCUGAGAAUCGAAACUGAGCCUCGGACUCUUGGUGCAAUGGAAUUGAAGCCGGGCUUCACAAAGAACUCUCCACCAGAGGUGCAGAUCAACAUCACUCACCAUUACUCAUCAAAGACGUACACUUGCGGUUCUGCAGUUAUCGGCAUCGUCACUGUCACUCCACGAAAAGAUACCCCCUUCGAACGAAUCCGCAUAAGCCUACUUGGGACGGCGCGUGUAACAUGCUAUGGCGUCCAAUCUCCAAACACAGCUACUCAUUACUUCCUUCGCACAGACAUGCCGCUUCCCGCAUCGACCUACCCGGACUCUAUGAUCUUUCGAAGCGGCAACACAUACCCUAUCCCCUUUCAUUUUGUCAUCCCAGAUCGGCUCAGCACCAAUGCCUGCGCUCAUCGGGUCGAAUCGCACCACAUUCAACCUGCUCACACUCGUUUACCUCCAAGCAUGGGUGAUUGGGAGAGACACCACAUGGGCCCACGCACAUCUGAGAUCGAGUACAGCAUCCAUGCGAGCGUCGUUGCGCUCUCUGAACCUCGCAAGAGGGGAUCAAGAACGAUGUGGAACAAGCAUGUGAUUAAUGUGCUGCCAUAUUUUCCUGAAGAUCCCCCACUCAACAUCACCAAGUUAAACCUCCAAUAUGCUCUUGAAAAGUCAAAGAGAAUAAGAAAAAACAUUUUCUCGGCACCGGAAGGGCGCAUAGGCGCAGUUGCAGUGCAGCCGAAGGCUAUUGGUCUCGAUCCCGAUGGAUCUGACUCGAGUGAAUCUACACUCUGGAUGAACCUGACAUUCGAACCACAAUCUCCCGAUAUCCCUCCUGUGGCGAUUAAAAACAUCUCUGCAACCCUUCAGAUACAGACUUGGUCUCGGCAAACGCCAAAUAUCGCGUUUCCUAACCUAGGCCUCUUGCGCGAUGCGUACACAGAUCACAUUUCUCUCAUUUCCCGUCAAGAGGUCCAGGCAUACUGGAUGCCGUCUACCAAGGAAACAGGGCCGGGUCUCGAGCACAGCUCGCCAAUCUCAUAUUCAUCAGCUGUCAGGGUUCCCUUCAAACUCCCCACGUCAAAAAAGGUCUUCCUUCCAACAUUUCACACAUGUUUGGUUUCCCGGACGUACAAAAUCGACAUAGUCCUGGCUGUUGGAAAUACAAGCCUCCGUUUUACUGUACCCAUUCAAGUUACGAUGGAACACAGAGGAGAUAAAAUCAGAGAUCCUACUCACGCUUGCCACUUGGAAAGUACUGGAAUAAGCCCAGGCUUAGGGAUGAGGGAGAGUUCUUGCUUGGAAGACUUGUGGCCACUUGUUUCCAGACCCUCCAAUGAUGAUGUCCUGCCAAGUUAUUCUGACUAAGAAUUGUAUGCAGUGAUACAGUAGGCUGUCAGUAAAACCACUUGAAGUAUCUUGCAGUUGUGAGGCAGUCACAAUGAUACGUGCUAGUUGGAUGAUAACUGAAUAAAAUACAAAUCUUAAUAACAGUCAUGAAGUCUUAUGCUAGACGGUGAAAUAGAG